AUGAGUCAUAAAAUCAUUCAAAAUUCUCUUGAUGAUAGUAAAGGUAACAUUUGGCUUUUUUGGAACUGUUCUAUUACACCUCCAAAAGUAAUAGCUACUUCAAAACAAUGCAUUACUGUUGAAGUUGGUGGAGUUUUAGUUACUGGAAUUCAUGUUGAUUCUUAUACAGUCAAUAGAAGGGAACUCUGGCAAGAUCUAUGUGACAUUAGUUUAUUAAACAAACCAUGGUUGAUUUUGGGUGAUUUUAAUUCUGUCUUAUCUGUGGAUGACAAAAAAGGUGGUAGAAGUCUUCUUCCUUCUGCAAUGAGAGAUUUUAAUAAUUGCAUUGAUUUUUGUGAACUUAUACAAGCUCCAAAAUCUGGUCUGGAGUUUUCCUGGUGUAAUGGCAGAGUGGGAACAAAAAGAAUUCUCUACAAUUUACACAGAGCUUUCUUUAAUUCGAAGUGGCUUAAAACUUUUAAUGGUUGGCACUAUAAAGUAGAAGCUAGAGGUAUUUUUGACCAUGGCCCUAUUAUUGGAUCAGAUACUGUGAUUCCUAGAGCUCUCCAUACUCCUUUUAGAUUCCAUAAAAUGUGGCUUUCUCCUCCUUCUUUUAUGCAAGUGAUUAUUGAUUCUUGGAGUGAAGAAAUUUCAGGCAAUCCUAUUUAUAUCUUCAUGAAUAAGCUGAAGAGACUCAAAAAGAUUUUAAAAGCUUGGAACUGGGAGGUUUUUGGUGAUGUCAAAGCUAACUUAGCAAAAGUUGAAGAAAAAGUUUUAGAAGAGAUUUUAAAAUCAAAUAAUGAUCCAACUAAUAUUAAUCUCUUGAAUAAUUUAGUUACAGCAAGAGGAGAAUAUGACAUGGCUGCUCAUAAUUACCAUACAUUCUUGAGGGACAAAGCUAGAAUUAAUUGGAUUAAAGAAGGAGAUAUAAAUUCUAAAUUCUUUCAUACAAGCAUAAAACUGAGGCAAAGUCAAAAUUCUAUUACAGAAUUAGAAGAUAGCUCUGGUAAUAUUAUCACUGAUCAGAAAGGAAUUGUUGAUAAUCUUAUUGAUCACUUCAAUAAGAAAUUUGAGUACCAAACUGUGCAGAUUAGAGAAUCAAUCUUUUAUGUUGUUCCUCAAGUUAUUACUGAUGAAGAUAACUCCCUUCUUGAAGGCCUUCCAGAUGAAAAUGAAAUUAAAAAUGCAAUCUUUGAUCUCAAACAAGACAGUGCUCCAGGACCAGAUGGGUUUACUGGAACUUUCUACAGAGCUGCUUGGGAUACUAUAAAAAAGGAUAUGGUGGAAGUUAUUCAUUAUUGUUGGAAGAACAACAUAAUACCCAGUGGUAUGAAUUCUAACUUUCUUGUCUUAAUUCCAAAAAUUAAGGGUGCUAAGUGUGCAAGAAAUUUUAGACCCAUUGGCCUCAGUAAUUUCUGCUUUAAAGUCAUUAUAAAGAUUAUUACUAUGAGACUUACCACUAUGCUUCAUAAAGUCAUUUCCCUACAACAAAGUGCAUUUGUCAAAAAUAGGAACAUUCAUGAUCAGAUUCUUCUAGCAUCUGAGCUUGUUAAUGAAAUGACCAUUAAAAGAAGAGGAGGUAACUUAGCUCUUAAACUAGAUAUUUCACAAGCAUAUGAUACCACGAGCUAG